CAUUUUGUGAGACCUGUGACAUGAAGUAGGACAGGCAGCAGCAAUUUGAAGAGCUCAGUCAUAAAUCUGUUUCUGAACGUCGACGGAUUUACUGGAGACUCUUCUCAAAGCGUGCUUGAAUUAGAACCUGUAAAUUUCACCAAAACUUCAUAAUGGAGUUCUUACUAUCCAAAGGAGAUUAUAUUAAAUCGUUCAAAAGAUCUUUCUUGCUAGUUUUAGUAUGCAUAAUAGUUCUUGUAUGCACUGAUCAGGACUACUAUAGUUUACUUGGAGUAUCCAAAGAAGCAAGUAGUAGAGAAAUACGUCAAGCAUUCAAAAAACUGGCACUAAAGUUGCACCCUGAUAAAAAUCAGAAUGAUCCAAAUGCACAUGAAAAUUUUUUGAAAAUAAAUAGAGCAUAUGAAGUACUUAAAGAUGAAGAUCUGCGGAAGAAGUACGAUAAAUACGGAGAGAAAGGCCUUGAAGAUCAGCAGCAAGGAGGCCGUUAUGAAAGCUGGCACUUUUAUCGCUAUGAUUUUGGUAUUUAUGAUGAUGAUCCUGAAAUUAUAACAUUGGAUAGGGGAGAAUUUGAUGCUGCUGUUAACUCAGGAGAACUGUGGUUUGUGAAUUUUUAUUCUCCUAGAUGCUCCCACUGCCAUGAUUUAGCACCUACGUGGAGGGAGUUUGCUAGGGAGAUGGAUGGAGUAAUACGCAUUGGAGCUGUCAACUGUGGAGAUAACAGAAUGCUUUGUCGAAUUAAAGGGAUUAACAGUUACCCAAGUCUGUAUGUUUUCAAAACUGGAAUGCAACCAGUGAAGUAUUAUGGAGAUAGGUCAAAAGAAAGCUUGAAGAACUUUGCCAUGCAGUAUGUUACAAGCACUGUUACUGAGUUAUGGGCAGGAAACUUUGUUAAUGCCAUUGAAACUUCAUUUGCUUCUGGUGUUGGUUGGCUGAUCACCUUCUGUGCUGAACGUGGGGAUUGCUUGAGUUACCAGACACGCCUUAAGCUAGCUGGCAUGUUGGAAGGUCUUGCUAAUGUAGGCUGGAUGGACUGUGGCACCCAGGGUGAGCUUUGUGAUAAUUUAGAUAUCUCAACUAGUACCACAGCAUACUUUCCACCUGGAGCCACCAUAAAUAACAAAGAGAAAGGAGGUGUUUUGUUUCUUAACUCCUUGGAUGCCAGAGAAAUAUAUCAGGAAGUAAUGAAGCAUCUGCCAGACUUUGAAGUUAUCUCUGCAGCAUCAUUAGAGGACCGUCUGGCUCAUCACCGGUGGCUGAUUUUCUUCCAGUUUGGGGAAAAGGAUAAAUCAAAUGUGCAGGAAUUUAAGAAACUUAAAUUUUUACUUAAAGAUGAACACAUUCAGGUUGGCAAGUUUGACUGUCUUUCCUCACCCACCAUCUGCAACAAACUGUAUGUGUAUCAACCUUGUUUAGCAGUCUUCAAAGGAAAAGGAACUGGAGAUUAUGAAAUUCAUCAUGGAAAGAAGAUCUUAUAUGACGUUGUUGCAUUUGCCAAAGAAAGUGUCAACUCUCAUGUUAUCACACUGGGACCUCAGAAUUUUCCUGACAAAGAGAAGGAACCGUGGCUUGUAGACUUCUUUGCACCGUGGUGUCCUCCUUGUCGAGCUUUGUUACCAGAGCUGAGGAAAGCAUCAGUACAUCUUUAUGGUCAGCUUAAAUUUGGAACGCUAGACUGUACUGUCCACGAAGGGCUUUGCAACAUGCAUAACAUUCGAGCCUAUCCUACAACGGUUGUAUUCAAUCAAUCCGAUGUUCAUGAAUACGAAGGACAUCACUCUGCUGAGCAGAUCUUGGAGUUUAUAGAGGAUCUUAGGAAUCCAUCAGUGGUCUCACUAACACCAGAGACAUUCGUUGAAUUAGUUCAGAGAAGAAAACGAGAGGAAAUCUGGAUGGUUGACUUCUAUGCUCCGUGGUGUGGACCUUGUCAGGCUUUAAUGCCAGAAUGGAAAAAAAUGGCCAGGAUGUUAAAUGGAUUAAUCAGUGUGGGCAGUGUGGAUUGUCAAAAAUACUAUUCUUUCUGUCACCAAGAAAGCGUUCGGGGAUAUCCUGAAAUAAGACUCUUUCCUCAAAAAUCGAACACAGCUCAUCAAUAUUAUAGCUACAACGGAUGGCACAGAGAUUCAUACUCACUGAGAGGCUGGGCAUUGGGAUACUUACCACAAGUGUCUGUAGAUUUGACUCCUCAGAGUUUCACAGAAAAAGUUCUGAAUGGAAAAGAUCACUGGGUCAUUGAUUUUUAUGCUCCUUGGUGUGGACCUUGCCAAAAUUUUGCUCCUGAAUUUGAGAUCCUUGCAAGGACGGUUAAAGGAAAAGUAAAAGCUGGGAAAGUAGACUGCCAGGCAUAUGCUCAGACCUGUCAAACUGCUGAUAUCAGAGCCUACCCUACUGUCAAGUUUUACCCCUACCAAGGAACAAAGAAAAACAUUCUUGGUGAACACAUAGACAGCAGAGAUGCAAAAACUAUUGCUGACCUUUUGAAUGAAAAAUUAGAAGCAAUUCAAAAUAAAGGAAAAAGAAAAAAAUCUAGAAAUAAGGAUGAACUGUAAGUGGUUCUGGAGAUAGAAACAAUUCAAACAUUCUGAAGCUGUGAAAAUAGAAGACACCAGGAGGAAAAUAUAAGGCUGAGUACAUUUCAUGACAGGACAGAAGAGCUGAAAACUAUUUUGAGUUCAGAGGCAUGUGUGACUGUCUGAAUUCUGUUUUAACUGUGGCGAGAUUAAAGCAUUUUGGGUCUGGUGGAGGCAUUUGCCAUUUCUGUAAAUGAAUUCUGCAUAUCCCUUUUCUGAUGUAACAACUACUCUCUUCUAGUCGGACAUUGGAGUUGACCAGAAAUGUGGACGAUAUCACUUUAGCCUACCCCUUUACUAGUUCCUUAUAUUUUUCUGUCUUUUUUCAAAUGCUUUUUGAAUGUGGGACUCAGCCUGUGGCUGAAUAUGCACUCAGACCACUCUGCGAUGCAGAAACACGAGGGAUUGUCUACUGGAAGGACAGAGUUACCUCAUGAUUAAUCUGCUUUAGAGUUGCAUUAUUGUGUUGUCGAU